AUGGCAAAGAGACCAGUAUUGGAAGACGUCUUGGAUGAUGAGAUUGAUAACAUGGACAUGGAUAUUGCCCAAUUUGAUCCAUCACUCAGAACUCCAAUAGCACCAGUACAACCAGGACCUCAAAUUACAAGAUCACAAGAUCAAGAACCACCAUUAUUUCCUAAUUUCCCACACCCAGAGCAAGACAAGAGUGUUGAGCGUAAAGAUAUUGUUGAUCCUAACAAGUUUUCUGCGGAGGAAAGAGCUGAAUUAAAAAAAUUUCAAAUAAUCUAUCCAUGUUACUUUGAUAAAUCAAGAUCGCAUAAGGACGGAAGAAGAGUAUCAGAGUCUAAAGCAGUGUCGAAUCCAUUAGCAAAGACUAUAUCAGAUGCGUGUCGUCAUUAUAAUUUACCAGUAAUGUUGGAAUUAGAUAAGACACAUCCGCAAGACUUCGGUAAUCCAGGUAGAGUAAGAGUAUUAAUCAAAGACAACAAUAAAAAUGGUAUGCCAGUCGAUUCGAGAUUUAAGACUAAAAGAGCAGUAUUAAAUAUCAUAGCUGACUACUUGAAAACGCAUCCAACUACGUUAGCUAGCAUUGGACCAAAGAGUGGUAUUCCAUUACCAAGUGAAUAUGAGACCGGUUUCGAACCGGGUGAAAUACCUAAGGUCAAAGGGUUCAAAAUGAAUACUAUUGUACCUGUUCAUUCUGAGUUGACUAUCAAGCACCCAAUGACAAAGAGUAUUUAUGAUCCUGAACCAGAGCAGCCACAGGUUAAAGCUCCACAAGCACCUAAACAACCAAAAAAGAAGGUUAUGAAGAUUAGAGGUUAA